CACGGCGACGGCGACGGCGACGGCGACGUCUCUAGACACGAAUCACACGUCGCCGCCGGCGCGGGUGGCGGCUUGUCGCGCAUCAUCAGCCGAACGCUCAGUCGAAAAACCACCAGGUCGAGCUGGAAUCCAGCACCGCCGCCCGACGGAGGGCUGCAGGCGUGGAUAGCGGUGGCCUGCACACACCUCGUCGUGAUGAACACGUGGGGCUUUAUCAACUCUUUCGGUGUGUUCCAGGCCUACUACGUGACGACGCUGGCGCGGCCGCCGUCGGACAUCUCGUGGAUCGGGUCGCUGCAGGUCUUCCUCCUCUUCUUCAUCGGCACGAUCACCGGCCGCCUGACAGACACAGGCUACUUCAGACACGUGCUGUUCCUGGGUUGCGCGUUCCAGGCCGUCGGCAUCUUCUCGCUGGCGUCCAUGACUGCCGGCAGCUACUGGCAGGCGGUGCUGGCGCAGGGCGUGUGCAUGGGGCUCGGCAACGGCUUCCUCUUCUGCCCGUGCGUGACCGUCAUGUCGACCUACUUCGACAAGCGCCGCAGCCUCGCCAUCGGCUUCGCCGCCUGCGGCAGCGCCACCGGCGGCCUCGUCUUCCCCAGCAUGGCCCGCCAGCUGCUGCCCGCCGUCGGCUUCCCCUGGACGAUGCGCGCGGUCGGCUUCAUCCAGGUCGCCACCCUCGCCGUCAGCUUCGUCUUCCUCAAGACGCGCAUCCCCCCGCGCCGCGCGGGGCCUAUUGUCGACUGGGCGGCGUUCAAAGAGAUGGAGUACACCUUUUACGCACUGGGGAGCUUCUUUUGCUUCCUCGGCAUCUUCUUCGCCUUCUACUACGUGGCGUCCUUCAGCCGCGACGUGGUCGGGCUAAGCUACACGGACGGGCUCAACCUGCUACUCGUACUCAACGGCGCCGGGGUCGCGGGGCGGCUGGGGCCGAACCACCUGGCGGACCGUUUCGGGCCCAUCACCGUGUUCAUCCCGACGGCGGCGGUCGCGGGCGUCGCCGUGCUGGCGUGGAUGGCCGUCGACACGACUCCCAAGCUCUACGUCUGGGCCGUCUUCUACGGCGCCGCUGCCGGCGGCAUCCAGAGCCUCUUCCCCGCCGGGCUCACCAGCCUGACCACCGACCUGCGCAAGACGGGCGUCCGCAUGGGCAUGGUCUUCACCAUUGCCAGCUUCGGCGCCCUCGCAGGCCCGCCCGUCGCUGGGGCCAUCCUCACCGCCGGCGGCGGGCGGUAUGUUGGUGCGCAGGCGUUUGCGGGGUCGAUGCUCUUGGUCGGCUCCGGGUUCAUGGUCGCUGCGCGCGUCGCCAAGGCGAGGAAG